AAGCCCCUCGCUGUAAGAGUGCAAAUAAAGAGAGAUAACGGGCCGCGGAAAGCGGGCUAAAACUUUUUUUGUAAUGUAAUGUCAUGUUAGAGGAAUAACUCGGGCGUAAUCGCAAACCUGGGACGGGGAUCCCAGGAGAGGAACAGAGUUGGAGCGGGAACGAAGAGCGAAAACUUUCCACUUCUGGGGUGUGGAAAAGCGGACGGCGCAUUCAAUAAACUUAGAACAAGUCCUCGAAGUUGAGACUUGUCUGAAAGUGACUGUGGGAGAGAGAAAGUUAUCCGCAAAAGAUGAGCUUGUUGUCUGCCAUAGACAGUAGUACCUCAGUGUACCAGCCUGCACAACUCCUAAACUGGGUUUAUCUCUCUUUACAAGACACCCACCAGACCAGUGCUUUCGAUGCCUUUCGACCCGAGCCCAAUGCUUCCCAUCCGGACCUGAGCUACAGCAAGGCUCCCGCUGCCGACCUCAGCUCCUCUCUCACUUCCAACUAUCUCAGCAAUUUCUUUCAGCUCCCGAGAAACGAGGCCUUAAAUAAUGGCUUAUACAAAAGCGUCUCCCCAUAUGGCUCUCUGAACAACAUAGUGGAUGGGUUGAACUCUCUAACGGACCACUUCUCUGACCUCUCCCUGUCCUCGGAGCCACGCAAGCCCAGCAAGAGACCUCCACCAAACUACCUGUGCCAUCUCUGCUUCAAUAAGGGUCACUACAUCAAAGACUGCCCUCAGGCCCGACCCAAGGGUGAAGGACUGACACCCUAUCAAGGGAAGAAGAGAUGCUUCGGAGAGUACAAAUGCCCCAAAUGCAAAAGGAAGUGGAUGAGUGGAAACUCCUGGGCCAACAUGGGGCAGGAAUGUAUCAAGUGUCACAUCAACGUGUAUCCUCACAAACAGCGUCCUCUGGAGAAGCCCGAUGGCCUGGACGUCUCUGACCAGAGCAAGGAGCACCCGCAGCACCUGUGCGAGAAGUGCAAAGUCCUGGGCUACUACUGCCGCCGCGUGCAAUAAGGACCAGCAGGUCCCUGCCCACUCCUGCCUUCCUGUCCCUUUGCCCCUUCCCCUCUGUCAUACCCACCAAGUGCUCCAUGAAAAAAAAGCAAGAUGUGCCAAAAUAUUAUUGUAAAUAUUGCUAAUUCUAAUAUGGCCUUGUGUAUCAACAGCAUAAAAACACAUGUAUUUGUUUUGUGUGUAUAAUUGACUAUUAUGUGUUUAGAAGUAUGUCACUGACAGUAUUGAUAUCCAUACCGGGCACAAUGGCUGACCUCAACAUUGUGCUUUUGACUGCGUGUUUACAGACUCUAUCUUCAUUUUCCCUGCCAAGUGAACUAUGUGGAUGUGCUGAGUGGUAAAGGUAUUAUUAGUUCAUUCAGACAGGGCCUGUAGUGUGCCUUGCAGUGUUCUUUGGGGCAACAGCACACCAUUUUAACUGUGAAUUAACAAGGGAUAUUGUACUUGUCAUCCCUAGCUUUUAUGUUGCAUAUUUAUUUGUAUUGUUUUUAUAUCCGUGCAAUUGAUUGAACUAAACUGGGAUAUUUCUGCCUGUGUUUGUUUGCACAGGUAAUGUCUAACCCCACCUCUUGCCAUUAGAAACUACUGUAGGAUAGAACUGUCUUGUAUGUAAUUCAGCAAUAUCAAGUUCCUACUUUUGACAUACGUGUGUGUGUGUAUGUGUGUGUGUAUGUGUACAUAUACGCACACAUAUAUAUAUAUUUGUGUGUAUGUGUGUGUUUGACAUGCAUAUAAUCUGCGUGCUAGAUAACCUUAGACAAGGCUACAGCUGGCUAAAAGUAAGUCUGGAAGUUAUCAUAUUCAUUUUGUUGGCAACAGUGCAGUAUGUCAACAGCUUAUGCAACAGUCUUUGUCAUUUUACUGAGCAGUAGCCUAUUGGAUGACAGUACAACAGAUUUGAGUCCAUCAAAAGACUACGAGACCACAGCCAGCUGGAACAAACACCCUUAUUUGCCUCAGGAUAAAAUCGGCAUUGGAAUUAUAUAUUUUUGUCUUCUUCUCCGUACAUUAUUUCUAAUACGUGUGCCGCUAUACUUUAGAUGACAUGAUGUUUAAGGCCUGCUAAAGGCAGGCUCCUGGCCUAUGUGUAUCUAUGCAAUUCUACAUUGGCCUAAUCUUAAAAUAGCUUGAGUGCUUGAUCUUUAUUGUGCAUGAGUAGCAUUUAUUAGUGGAUCUAAAAGCAUUUAUUUCUAUUAUGCGCUAAAAAGCAGCCUUCCCUGCUCUGAGAGGAAUAUUUAAUGUCAGAUUUCUCGGUCUAAACAAUUCCUUUGGAUUUAUAUGGCUGUAUGUUGGUAUUUAUAGAGUAUUUAGAGAUGUUAUAUAUCUUUGUGAUGUCACAAAAAGAAUAUUUCUUCUCCAUGAAAGAUUAAGAUUUUUCACAUCACAGCUGUAUAAAAGCUUUGCUGUUUAUGUAGAUUUCUGAGUUACAACGUUACUGACAAAUGGUGGAUUUAAUCCCAUCAAAGCUGUGAUUUUUAGGGAAGAAUGCCCUAACUGGGAGGAGGGGAGGUAACAUUUGGCUGAAAAGGAGCAAAGGACAAAGUAUGUUACAUUGAAAAGUCUUUCGAAAGGUCUGACAAGAUGUGGUUUUGGUAACGUUUGGCCAUAGGAUACAGGACAUUGGUGGAAGUAUGUGAAGAGUGUAGUAUAGUGUAGAGAUUUUAUCAUGGAGGAAGGAUAUAAAGCAAUUAUUCGCAUGAUAUAAAGAUUAUUGAAGGAUAUACAGUAGUUUACCUUUUGGUCUGAAAGAUUUGCUCUUACACAGUUUAAUUGCAGUACUAAUUGGUCACGUGACUGUGAUCACUAAAGAGCAUUUAAUAUUUUAUAACAUUAAGUGUAGCUUUAUUUUGUAUAACGAAGGACAUUUGUAGACACAUUUGUAAGCAUUUUCUGGCAGAAGUUACUGAGAGAAGAAUAUUGUCUUGUCAAUGUUUUAAGCCUAGAUGUACAUAUAAAGUAAAACACAUUUUUUGGUAUAUAGAGUGUGUAUAAUUGUUUACUAAACGUUGAAAGUCAUAACCUCAUAUAUUUUAUGUUGUCUGAAAUUGUAUUUUUCUGAUUUGUGGAGGCAGACUGUAUGAUGCUCUCAGAGGCAAACCAUGCCUGAAGGGAUAAGUCCAACAUGCUUUAGGUGAUGAUGAUGAUGAUGAUGAUGAUGAUGUGAAACGUUGGGGUUUUUGGUAGGUAGCGUCUCAUGCUGGUCUAAGAUGUGAAUUGAUGGGGCGGCAAUGUAACGAACCCAUUAGCACUGAAAACAGAGAACCAACUAAUAUUUCCCUCCCUGCAUUAGGGGUUGUGGGUGCAUUAGGUUUGAUUUCCUGAUGGUAAAUUAAAUCAGACUAUAGCCUGUUGCUGUGGAAUCAGCAGUGAGAUAUAAAUGAGAUCAGUCUCGCAAAAAAAUGGCUCUCUGCAAAACAGGUCAUCCUCUUUCGUGAGUGUUAGCCUUUUAGUAGAGCUCCCUCAUUACUCAAUAAAUAUAGCUUUAUGUGGCCUGUUGUUGCUAAUAGCUCCUCUGUGCACACAUUGAUACAUGCCAAGCUUCACUUCCAGCCUCUUUUAGGAUGGAAGGAGUCCUUCGGUGUUUUGAUUAACACCGUUGCAGGAGAUCAGCCAGAGGCUGUUUUUCUCAGUAAAAAGCAAUGGCUUCAAGUGUAACCGCUGUUGAUUCUUAAAAGCUUAACACAAAACUGUUUCGCUACAUCACUGGGAUCAACUGAAUUAAUUGUUUGUUGCCUUAAGAGUGAGAAAGAAAAAAGCUAUACUGCUUAUACUGCUAGAUUCCUUCAUUUACGCUUGUUUUCUGGUUCCUUACAAAGUAGUAACAUAGUGAUUAUCUACUUUUAUGCACUCUUUCAGACUAGAAUAGUGUUGUUAUUGAGGAGCUCUGCUAUUUUCUAAUAUUUAAAAGAAGAACAGCUGAGAUAAAUACUUGUUAGCUUUCUCUGCUCAUCUUUGGAGGUGUUUUAGCGUAAGCCCUGUGAUGUGCUAGUGCGGCUCCUAGGCUGGAGCGAUUGGAGGUAGUGAUAAAGUGUACAUGCAUUUACAAUACAGUGCUUAUACAGUGCUUUCGUGCAUGUGUUUGUCUUGAAUUACAUAUACUUGACUUUUAUAGCUCACUUUCAGUGUAAACUUAUUUUCUAUGAAAGAUAUGUGUAUUUUGGAAACCAGUAUAGAUGUUGAAAUUUUUUUCAAUUUGAAAUCGGAUGCGAUUUUUUUUUCCCUUUCAAAGAUACAAUUUUAUGUUCGUUUUGUGUAUAUAUUCGACGGCCAUCAUUUGCAAGUUAGCUAUUUUGAAAUGUUGUGAUGCAAUAUUAAAAUUGUUUAUGCGAAAAAGGGCAGAUUGCUGAGAUGAGCUGGGAGUUUUUACCUUGUUUUACAAUGAUCUUAGGUUGUAUCCUACAGAAAUAUUUAUGGAAGGUCUUUCUAAGGUUUCUUCUUUUUUUGUAUAAAAUGCAACAGAACUACACUAUGAAGGAAAUAUUGAUGUCUACUAGAAUAUUAUUGGUUGGUACAUAAUUAUUAUGCCCUUACAAGCCAUUUUAUUUGUGUUUUGUUAUUUUAGAUUUUACCAGUAUAUACAUUAACUUUACCCAUUACAAGUGCUUUAAUAUGCCUCUGGGGGAAAAAAAUCACCAUAUGUGUCUGCUGAAUAGCACAAAUGUUAGGAAUAGCAGUUCUAGGAAAGCAAUAAUGUUGUAACAGCAAACGUUUAAUGUCAAAGACUGACUCACACCACUGUAAGUCAAACUGUAUCAAACUGUGAGCUUUUCAAUGUCACCAGUUACUGCCAAGGCAAAUGAUGAUUCUAAAAUAUGUUUUGGAAAUUAAGAUAUACUUUAAAAAUCGUGUGAGACAAAGAACUGUAGCUGAGUUUGCAUGUGCAUGUGGUUUAACUGAUUUAAGAAGUAUACUUUUGUGCAAUGUAUUAUUUAAUAUUAGUUCAUGUAAUGUCUCGGUUAAAAAAAGUCUUUCAUAGAGUUCACCUCACUAAUAACUGAUUGUUACAAUUAAAUGCCUUUAUUCACUACUAGGGUAUACCAAUUAAUACAUAUUUACUGAAUGUAUUGAUGAAUCUCUCUUGUGACGUUAGAUACUCAUGUUUAUGUUCUUGUUCGUAAUGUCUGUAACAUAUUUGAGAUCAUAUUGAAUUGGACAGAGCAACAGAGAGGAGUUGAUAAAAGACUGUACUAGAAAAUUAAAAAGAGAACAACUCUGUUGCUCCACGUCCAUGAAACGGCAUUCCGAUAUGUGCCUUAUUAGUUAGGAAAACCGAAUACUUUGUGCUUUUAGGGGUUUGUUGGAUUAAAACUUUGAAACUAAA